AAAAUUUUUUUUCACAAAAUUUGGGAAAAGUUUUCUUUCCUUGUGUACUUCUAAUAAAUCGCAAAAUGCGUUGCUGGAUAUUUUUGGACAUUUAAAAAUUAUUGUAGAGCUUUUUUGAACUCAUGUUUAAAAACACCAAUAGAUCCUUGCAAUAACUGUCCUGCGCCUAUUUACAACCGACCAAAAAUUUAUUUAGGGCGCUGUCAUAAAACAAAAGUAAAAUCUACGAAGCAAGUAAGCCCUUCCGAUCCAGAUACAGAAACAGAAGAGUUGGUUGCAAAUACUGAGAUUCGUUCUUUAGCUGAGCUUUACGAUAGUAUUCCAAAUUACUGUGAUAUUAAUCAUUUGCCAGAAGCUGAGUUUUACACAACUUUAGAAACAUUACGUAUAACUUGCGAAAAUUUGAGAACCAAUGAACCAAAUACGUCGGAAUAUAUUGAAAAUCAUAAUACGGGCAUGUCCACAAAUUGCAAUGCUAAACAAAUAACUAAAAAGAGACCGACACCUAUUAUCAAUAUAAAAACGGUCCAGAAAAAACCAAAUACCGCAAUAACAACAACCAAUACAAAAUCGAAUAUAUCUACACCAUCUGCUUGUCUACGACCUAAUAACUCUGCAGCAUUUACCUGUCAAAAACCUAAUACACUUUCACCAACGACUUGUACUAGGACUUUUCAAAAGAAACCAUACGCUCAUAUACGUUCAAAAGUUUACCAAAGAAAGCCAACGAUAACUAUUAAUGGAAAACAGUGCCAAAGAAAAUCUACAACAUAUGCUGAGUUUAAACUAAAAGAGAAAUUACAGCAUCCACCAUUUUUUCAAGAUGACAUCGAUGCGGAGACAGCAACAUUUCAGAAUUGUCGAAAAGAAUUCCAAGCUGAAGUUCAAGCUUUCAAAAAAACACUUAGGGAGCUAGAAUUGGAACUUACCAGACCAAGAUCGUUUAAUAUAUCUGAAAUUAAUGAACAAACAGUUUCUACAAAUGAUUUAUGUUCAUAUCGAGAACGUUUGAAAAAAUCAUUUUCUGCUAAUGAUAUCGGUAAUUACCGAUGGAUAUGGAAUGAGGAUCCUAUUGAAACAGCAGAAAAGGAAAUCUUUAAAGCGAUAUGUUCACCAGAACCGCAUGCGCACUUAAUACAGCCAAUGAAUUUGAGUAAUGGAAACAAUAGGGAAGAAACGAAAGUAUGCAGUGAAAAACUUAAGGAAGAAAAUAGAAUUAUAGAACCUAAAACUAAUCCAACUACUUCGAAUGAAAUAUCAAUGACUACUACACCUACUAUAAUUGAAACUCCUGUAAUUAAUUUAACACCAGUUUCUAAAGUCAGUAGCAAUACAGAUGUCUUAAAUAUUGCAAAUCUUAAAGCUAAUGUAGACACGAAGAACCUAACACAAGAGCAAACAUUUCCUAUGUGUAACACUUCGACUUUAAACAAAUCAAAGAUUCAUUAUCCGGCAAUAAUAUAUCCAGUAGCUAGACAGAAUCUUGCUGCUACAUUGCGUGCUGAGGUUGCUAAAAAAAAACUAGAAGAAUUGGCUACUUAUGACAACCCAAUACCGAGCCCACCACCUUACGAUUGGGGAGUACGUAAAACUCCAGCUUGGAAGUCCUUAUCCUACAAGUAA